GACCAACAGUAACACCAAGGGCAGGUGGGCAGGCCUCAGCCCUCCUCCCCCACCCCAGGGCCCACUGCAGCCUCAGCCCAGGAGCCACCAGCUCUCCCAACACCAUGGUCCGAUACCGCAUGAGGAGCCUGAGCGAACGCCCGCAGGAGGUGCACGGGCAGCAGCUGCAUGGACAAGAGCAAGGACACAACGGCCAAGAGGAGCAGGGGCUGAGCCCAGAGAACGUCGAGGUCUACGAAAGGACCCACCAAGGCUACUCUCACCAUAGGAGCAGGCGCUGCUCUCGAAGGAGGCUGCACCGGAUCCACAGACGGCGGCAUCGCUCCUGCAGAAGGCGCAGAAGACGCUCCUGCAGGCAACGGAGGAGGCAUCGCAGAGGUCUGCCCAUGCCCCUGCCUUGCCCUGCACGUCCCUUACCAUCCCAGGUUGCAGAACCAGGAGGAGAAGAUGCAGAAGGUACUAAGCUUCUUGGGCCCCUCACCUCCGGCUGGAAAUUAAGAAAAAGUCACCUGCCCAAGAAACACCAAGAGAGGCCAUAGCAAUUCCCCUCCAUCAAAUGCUCAAGCCCCCAGCUGGAAGUUAAGAGAAAGUCACCUGCCCAAGAAACACCAAGUGAGGCCAUAGCAACUCCCCUACAUCAAAUGCUCAGGCCCUGAGUUGCCGCUGAGAAGUACACAAGAUCUGAGUGAAAUGAGCAAAAGUCACCUGCCCAAUAAAGCUUGACAAGACA